AAGUGCGUUAAUGAGGCUGUAGUGAUGGGCACUGAUAGGCUGUACUGAUGGACACUGAUAGGUGGCACUGAUGGCACUAAUGAGGAGGCACUAUCAGGGGCAGACUGACAACUCAUGGGGCCCCCAGGCAAUAGGGGAUCAUGGGGCCCCUGUGUCUUUUCCCAAACUCAAAAAGCCUAUGAAAAAGGUACCAGGGGCAUCUAACGGGGCCCCCUACUGACCCCGGGCCCUCGGGCAGUGCCCGAGUUUCCAAAUGGUCAGUCCGCCCCUG